AUGACAACUACCAAAACUUCCGCAAUCACUAAUCGAUCGAAUAGUAAUUCCAAGAGUCCUUCAUAUAAUCUAAAAACACGUGGACAUACUCGAGUACAGAGAGUGAAAGUAACUACAGUUGGUAAACCUGCUAAUUCAUUGGAAAAACAGCAACAUAGAAGCUGUUUGAGAUGUAAAGAGAGUGAUAUUAGUGUUAAAACUCUAACAGAACGUGUUGGAAGAAUAGAAGAUUUAGUUAAUGCACUCUCUAAAACUACCCAAAAUCUUUUCAAGCGAGAUGAUAAAUUAUCUUGGAGGUUAAAAGGGCUUGAUUUAACAACCUGCAGUCUCGAAGAAUUACAAAAAUUAGUGAUAACUACCACAAAUAUCAUGAUAUCACAAAAUAACAAACUUAACACUGCUACACCUUCCAGUUUAACCGUACCUAACGUUUCUCGUAAAUCUGGUCGUAAACAUGCUUAUAAACAACAAACUACUUCACCUAUCAUUCAUUCUGAACCUAUUGAAGAUGCUUCACAUGUAACAUUUGCAACACCAGUUCCUCCAAAAUUGGGUCGAACAAAGUCUAUUCGUAAAGAUUCUGGUUAUGUUGAGUCUAAGCAAACAGAUUAA